AUGACAAUCAUCCACCGGGUCGUCAAGCCCAUCGACCACUUCAACGAGGCCGAGGAGCCCAGCAAAGACUUCGAGCAGCUGCCAGUCCCCGAGGAUGAUCCGACGGUGUGCCAUGCCUGCCAGGCGGAGCCCUACGAGACGCUGCGCCAAGGGCUCGGGUUGGGACGAUCCUGCAAGAAUCGCUUCUAUUAUCAGGCCAGGAAGCCGAGUGAAGAGCGCUGCCACGCCCCGGGAUGCCCGUUCGCCGACUUUGAGUUCAUCAACAUGCCGACGGACCCGACGGACCCGGUCAGGCGCCGUACGUGCUUGAGGGAGAUGGCGGCGACCGGCUGUGGAUAUUGUGUGUUCCGCGUCGUGCAAGCCCUCCAGAUCCGCUCGGAGGAA